AUGGGUCACAUCCCCUUCACCUGGCUACCCAUGAACCCCGACGCUGCAGCAACGCUCACCGACGCCUUCCCGCCCCCUAUCCCUAUCCCUAUCACCACCACUGAUGGCGCCCUGCACUACCUCAACCCGCGGCUGUAUGCAUCUCUUGUGCAGCCCGCGGUCCAAACCGCCGCUGAGGCAGCGAGGCGGCGCCAGGAGGAAGAAGACGCAUCCGUCCGCCUGGUCCACCUCCUCAUCACCUGCACCGGCGCCAUACAGGCGGGUGACUACUCGGUCGCUCACGGCAACCUGUCCGAGGCUCGUGGGAUCCUCAAGAAGAUCCCGACUUCAACCGGGAUCGGCCGUGUAGGGACCCACUUCGCCGACGCGCUGGCGCAGCGCCUCUUCCCGGAGUACCCGCACGCGGCGGCCCUGCCUACACCGCCUCCUACUGCAACGCCAGCGGCAACAUACAACCAUUUCUACGAUGCAGGGCCCUACCUCAAGUUCGCCUACUCCACGGCGAACCGAGCCAUCCUGAAAGCGUUCGAGGGUUGCAAGCGCGUGCACAUCAUCGACUUCGCCCUCAUGCAGGGGCUCCAGUGGCCGGCGCUCAUGGACGAGCUUUCCAAGCGUGAGGGCGGGCCGCCGGAGCUCCGCAUCACAGGCAUUGGCCCGAACCCGACGAGUGGCCGUGACGAGCUCCAUGAGGUAGGCAUCCGCCUCGCCGAGUUCGCGCGCUAUGUGAAGAUCCCCUUCACCUUCCAGGGAGUUUGCGCCGACCAUCUGGAUCAACUGACCGCCUGGCUUCACCUCAAGCUCAGACCCGAUGAGGCGUUAGCCAUGAACUCCAUCCUGCAGCUCCACCACCUGCUCGUCGACCCGGACGCCGACGAGUCGACCCUGCCGUCGCCGAUAGACAUCCUCCUCAAACUGGUCGUGAAGCUAAAGCCCAAGAUCUUCACGGUGGUGGAGCAGGAGGCGGAUCACAACAAGCCGCUGCUGCUGGAGAGGUUCACCAACGCCCUCUUCCACUACGCCACCAUGUUCGACUCCUUGGAGGCCAUGUGCCCCCUCGUCACUAGCGCCGCCGCCGGAAGCACCAGCACCAGCAGCAGCUCGCUCGCGGAGGCGUACCUCCGGGGCGAGAUCUUUGACAUCAUCUGCGGCGAGGGCAGCGCCCGCACUGAGCGGCAUGAGCUGUUUACCGCCUGGAAGGAGAGGCUCACCCGUGCCGGGUUCACCCAGGUGGAAUUCGACCUCAGCGAGGCCAACAUGGCGAUAGCCGACCUGAUCAGCGUGACUUCCUUCUCCGGCUCCGGGUUCGGCAUCCUGCAGGGCUCCGGUGGCCUCGCGCUGGCGUGGCACGGCCGCCCGUUGUAUGUGGCGACGGCCUGGCAUGCGAUGGGCGGAGGAAACGCUGCCAGUGCCGCCAUAGCUCACACCAAAGGGGGUGACACCUACCAUAAAGGUAUGAACGGCAGCAGCAAGGGCAACCGCGGCCACCGUGGAGUAGCCGGAGGAGGAAUAGCCAUCCUGUAA